UCUACCUUUAAAAAAAGAUUACAUUUUGGAAAGCGGAACUCUUCCUAUCUUUUUAGCUAUAGUGGAGAAAAGCCGCUUGAAAAUGUUGUGCUACUCUUUUCUGUUAAGAGUAGAUGAUGGUGCUUUGCUUUGGCAACAAUCUCCUAUGCCCUAGGAUUGAAUCGUGCUUUUCUAUGGAAGCUGCGACCGCGUCAAAGAUGAGUUCCAUACAGAAGAAGUUCCUUGUUCGGUUAGCUCGCCAGGAGGACAAGCAGGCUCUAGAAGAACUUGUCGGACGGACUUUGCAUUCCCCUCUAAACGACACACUCAUAGCUAUGGAAUUUGAGAGAGGACCCAUACUUGGAGCCUUAUCCUAUUCGAAAAUUUACUCUACAUGGGAAGGACGGUCCAUUGGCCUGAACAGCCUGCAAGUUAAGGACGAGGCUUGUCGGGUUCCACUGCUCAACGAGCUAACAAAGAUGAGUGUUUCCUUGGGGUGCAGUCGCAUUGAUUGCCAGACUGCUGAUGACUGUCUCAUAUCGACACUAACCACUCAAAACGUCCGUGAUCUAACCGAAGAAGAGAAGUGGCAUUGCUGGGAGCUCGAUAACCUUGCAAAAUUCGUCACGACAGACGCCCCUGCCAAAUAACGAGUAUACCCUUAUCUACUAAAUAACUAACUGCCCCAGUAGGUCGUCCGUAGGAGUCUACAGCUUGGGCAUCUGAAAAUCAAUUACGGAUCUGCGACGAUCAGAAAGCACCGUGUUCGUAUCAGUCAUUGGCGGGCUUCGACACCUAGUACCAAAUCUAAUCAUGUACUGAUAUAACGUCUCUUUCUAGAGAUACUUCGUCAUCACAGAGACACAUUAUUAUACGAUUCUCAGUGUGUUUUAAGCCGUCUCGCUCAUGUAUGAGUAUUCCAGCUUUUAGGUACUAUUUACUUACAAAUUAAUUACGAUACGCGAUAUUUACGGAGGUAGGCUCUAGGAUGUGUGUGAUACUACCUAAGUAUCCCGUUAUCGUUUUGCGUUCAUCAAGCACGUAUUUUGCUUUCCUUUGAAAGUUUCCCGCUUAUAGGACUUCAUGGUUGAAGUUAAACUCAGGUUAAUUUCUGAUAACGAGUCAAGUGUCUGGUAUUAAUUUUCGUUGGCGACAUUUCGAGGGUGACAAUCGUUGUUAUUCCUAACGCAAGCGGCACUGUUUACGGAUGCACAUAUGUGCAUUCAUAGUCGCUGACCGAAGAGGACUUAAAAUACUCUGAAAUGUACUUAUACCAUUGUAACAAAAACUUGAAAAAAGCUAUGGACCCGAUUUUCGUUUAAACUGAUGAAGUUCAUCGAGAAACCGAUGUCUGGCCGAAGUUUGUUCUCGUUGUGUCCACGAUGCUUAACGUUUUAACUGUUAUCCAUUGUGUUUCAAUAAAGUCUUUUGUAGCAAUUAUCUAUUGUAACCCACAGUAUUAGAAUAGGCUACUAGAAUUUUUAUAUGAGAUCCAUAGCAUUAAUUCGACUGACAGAAAGCACAUUUUGAACAUGAUUCCAAAUUGUUUAAUACACCCUGUAGAAAAAAACGGUGAAUUAUAUACGAUUAUUUGCGCGACCUCGUAGUUCCUACAUCGAGGUCUCUAGAGUAUCAUUGGUUACUCCUACUGGUAAUCUGUUAGCUGUCGAGUAAUCGAUCAAAUUUAGUUUGAAGCUCCUGUGUCUACUCGAUCAUUGAAUUGGCAUUAUUAUUUAUUGUCACUCUAUUCCCAAACGGCUUUUUUUUUCGGCGGAUGUGUCGAGAGUAUCCCAGUGCCUAUCGGCUUCGGUUUUUUCAAGAAAUUGGCUACUUUGGCCAGCAGCUUCUUUUGAACCGUGGACGAGGGGCAGCGGCACGCCUACAGCAGAGCUGACUGGGCGGCUCAAUCAAUGGUUUAGCACGUUUAAAAGUAGAUCACUCUUGUAGUUCAUGUCACGGCUAGGAUUUUAAGCCGUGCGUAAAGCAAACAACACAUCGGUGUUAGUUAUGACCUGAAGCUAGAGAGGAUUUAAUAAUGAACAUGUCUUUCCGACUUUUUUCUGGAUAGUGGUUACCGUUAAAUUAUAUGUACUUAAGCAGAUACGAAUGCCAGCGUUGUGUUCGAUUCACAUAAAACAGUUAGAACGGUUCUGAGCUAUAGAUCGGGCCCAAACAAAAAACAUGGUUAUUGUGUCGUGCGAGCUUUUCCUAGGAUCUAUUCAACGCAUCGUAACUUCUGACCAACUUAAAAUCAUCUACAUGUGCAUCUGUAUAUAGCGCGACUCGAAUUCUACCCUGUUUACCCCCUACGAUCUCCGGGGACGCCUUUUUCUGGCGCUAUUCAUUAGUGAUUUUUCAAAAAUCCACUGUUCCCUCAUUUGUUCGAACGGGAACAUCAGCAAAUUGUUCCUUCUCAGUUUGGAUUGCUUUCAUGGCCCGCUCUUGCGAACCAAUACGUUCAAAUGCACCGGGAGAAAAACGACGCCAUUUCUAACAAGUAAGAGCGAUUCCGCUAAAAAGCGCCGAGUAUAAUAAAUUGAUCAGUGAUAAUUAUUCGACACUACCUCUGAAAUCAUUUGAUAGUUACUGAAGGGCAAAUACUCGCCGGAAGUUGGCCUUCCAUCGACAUUGGAACGCUCUCGGAAUCUAACGGAUAGCCAAGGUGGCCUAGGCUACGAUCUUACGUUCGGAGCUUUCGGCCGCUAACUCUAUUUCAGUUGUUCCACCGUCAGUUAGAACUAAGGCUACCUGAUGAAACGAGGAAUAAUCACAGAGGCGUUGUUAACCGAGAAAUUGAUUCAUAUCAUAAAUAGAAUAACAUAGGGUAUUACAAAGAACGCUUACGGCUUGUAUUUUUACGUUUCUUGCUAUGAUAACUUAUUUAUGAAAAAUAGAAAUUCUCAUUGUAACUGGCAGCA